GACUCGAUUUUACGUACCGGUAGGUUUACGUUCUUGACUAAUUUCUGCUUUAAUAACAAAUGUCUGUUGUUGGCAACGCUUAUUAAGGGCGCAAAUAAAACAAACCUACUUCGCGGGCGAAGGACAAAAUUAAGUUACAUUUUACAUUGAAUAAAAGGAGUUUAAUUGAUUUUCCAAAUAUGUCACGGAGGAAGCUGCCGCAAGACAAUAUUCCAGCCCCAACAUCUUUUAGUGGAGACUCAAAACUUACAAUAAAUGCAUUGCAACAGUUUGCUGCCAGAAAGAAACGUUGUCUUGCAUCGCAGCCGACGGAAGAGUGUUCAAAAGUGUUUACUGUGCCUCCAGAAACUACAUUGCAUUCCAAAAGCUCUGAGACAAAGCAAUCAAUUUGGAGUCGGUUUUACACACUUGAGUGUAAGUUAAAUAACGAUUUGCAAAACAUUUUAAAACCACCUGGUAUUACUCAUGUCUACAAUCCUGUGGAAUAUGCUUCGAGUAUACAUUGCGCCUACUUGGAAAAGUAUUUGGAUGGUCCGAAACGUGUUGUGUUUGUUGGUAUGAAUCCAGGGUCGAAUGGGAUGGGCCAAACUGGGGUGCCGUUUGGUAAUAUCUUGACUGUUCGUGAUGAAAUGGGCUUGACAGGUUCAGUUCAGCAACCUCCUUCGAUACAUGCAAAGCGGCCAGUAUCAGGAUUGGAGUGCAAUAUCGAAGAACCCAGUGGUGUACGAAUUUGGAGUUUGUUUAAAAAGUUGGCGGGUGGAUCAUUAAAUAAUUUUGGUCGCCAAUGUUUUGUACAUAACUUUUGUCCGUUAAUUUUUUACGAUAGUGCCGGACGCAAUAUUACACCUAGUGAGUUAAAAGGUGAUUAUAAAGCAAAAAUUGGAAAAGCAUGUUUAGAUGUACUGGACUUGGAAUUAGACUUGUUAAAAACGGAAAUUUUGGUGGUGAUCGGAUCGUACAUGCACGACAUGGUAAAACGUUCUCGCCAUGCGAGUAGUUUGAAAAUAUGUAAGCUUCCUCAUCCGAGCCCCCGUUCUUUGAAUAAUCAUAAUUGGCCCGAAAAGGCCGAGAAACUUCUUUACGAAUUUGAUCUCAUAAAAUAUAUCGGCGAUGAAGUGUAGCAUUUAUGCUAGUUAUUCGGGUCUUUUGCUAAAUCACACAUUGUCCAAUUUUUGGCAUGCCUGUUGAAAAGAAAUCUAUGAAUCCGAAUUGCACCAAUGUUUAUCGGACUCAAUAAUGACAAUAA